AUGCGUUCGCCCUUGCAACUCCUUGUACACACAAAGGGGCGGGGGGAUUGGGACGCUUGUUUUCCUAUAACUUUUUCAAGUAAUGAAGAAAAGGGGUUGAAAAAGUAUGGGUUCGUCAACCAUGCUUUGGAGCUACUGGUUCUUCGAGAACAUGGCCAAGAUAAAUGGGAAGAAAUCAAACGUGAAGCGGCUGUCGAGAUCGACGGGAGUUUCUUGGUCCGUAUCGUGUAUGAUGACGUCCUGUCGUACGAUCUUGUGGGAGCCGCCGUGAAAGUACUUGGAAUAAGUGCAAAUGAUCUCCUGGAGGCAUUUGGUCGCAUGUUCUUUGAAUUCUGCGUCGAGUCUGGCUACGACAACAUCUUGAACGUCCUUGGGUCAACUACACGCCACUUCCUGCAGAACCUAGAUGCUCUUCAUGACCAUCUAGCCUCUAUCUAUCCGGGAAUGCGAGCUCCUUCGUUCCGCUGCAGUACACGAGACAGUGAUGGCGCCCUUGUUCUUCACUACUACUCUGAACGACCAGGGCUGGAGCACAUCGUCAUCGGGUUGGUCCGCAGUGUUGCAAAGACCCUUCACGGCUCCGAGGUCCACGUCGAAAUCAUCAAGAACAAAGGCGAAGACUGCGACCAUGUCCAGUUUGCCAUCAUCGAGAAGAAGCAGACAGCGAAGAUCGAGGAGCAGGCGCAACAGAAUCUCCUGGCUCUCACAAAAGAACCCCAGAUAAGUCCGUCAACCCUCUGCAGGAUCCUACCCUUUCACAUCAUGUUCAAUGAUGAUUUGCGAGUCCAGCAGGCAGGAAACUCCAUCCAGAGGAUCGUGCCUACUAUCAACAAUCCCAACUGCAAGAUGACGGACUUGUUCCACAUAGUGCGCCCUCACAUGGAGUUCACCUUCAAGUCGAUCCUCAGCCAUGCCAACACCAUCUACGUCCUGCAGACCAACCCCGGUGUGGUCAACUCCACCAACCCCCGCAACGGCUCCAUCCCGGCUCUCAAGCUCAAAGGACAGAUGCUUCACGUACCCGAAUCCGAUGUCCUGCUCUAUCUUUGUUCGCCUCACGUGAUCAACCUCGAUGAGCUGAGACAACGUGAACUGUACCUGAGUGAUAUCCCACUCCACGAUGCUACAAGGGAUCUGGUACUGAUUUCAGAAAGAUUUGAAGAGGAGUACAAACUCACCCAGAAGCUGGAGAUCCUGACAGACAAGCUACAACAGACUUACCGUGAGAUUGAGAAUGAAAAAAAGAAAACAGACAGACUCCUCUAUUCUAUUCUCCCUCCAUCUGUUGCUAACGAGUUACGUCAUCACCGUCCUGUUCCUGCCAAGAAGUUCGAGUGUGUGACGCUCAUGUUCAGCGGUAUUAAUGGGUUUGGGGAUUUCUGUCGUCGGUACUCACACGAUGCCAUGAAGAUCGUGAAUCUCCUCAACAGUGUCUAUACCAAGUUUGAUGUCUUGACCGAGAGGAACCCGGAUGUAUACAAGGUAGAGACAGUCGGCGAUAAAUAUAUGGCAGUGAGUGGCUUACCGGUUCCUUGUGAGGACCACGCUCGGUGUAUCGCAAGGAUGGCACUCGAUAUGAAAGAACUCUCUGCAGAUGUCAUGAUGGAGGAUGAACCCAUUGUGAUUACUAUAGGUAUUUAUAGUGGCGAGGUUGUGACAGGAGUGGUGGGACAUCGUAUGCCACGGUACUGUCUCUUCGGUAAUACAGUCAACCUCACCUCCAGGACGGAGACAACUGGUAUCACAGGGAAGAUUAACGUCGCUGACACCGCUUACACAUGUCUGAUGGAGCCACAGAAUGAAGACCCAACCUUCCAGUUUGAUUUCAGAGGUCUUGUCAACAUGAAGGGCAAGCCCAAACCUUGCCCGUGUUAUCUGCUCUCAAGGAAACCCGCUGCGGCUAAGUCCGAACCCUAGGGGCUUACAGUAACUCGGUCUACAAGAAGUUGGUCUACUAUAGUCUAAUAUUACAUUGGCUAGAACCAUUUGGUCCAUUAUCAAUUAGUCUAAUUGCUGUCGGUUCAGUCAUGUGUCGGUUCUCCGCUACACUGGUGAAAUUCAUAUUAUAAUCUAUGGGCUAAACCCUUUUGAUCUAUUAUCGAUUGGCCUGAUUGCCCGUUGGUCUACUGCACAUUUCGUCAGUCUAAUAACCAUUUUCAUUUGAUUCAAUGCCCAAUUGAUAAAAUUUCCGCAUUGUAACAGUAUUAAUGUUAUCUGAAAAAUGAAAGUUUUGUUCAUAAACGGUUCAUCUAAUCAUGCUAGUCUAAAUGAUGUAAAAGACCAACCAAGUGGAUAAUAGGCAAAAUAGCAAAUGAGCUAGGUGGCAUUUAGACCAACUUUAGACGAAUUAAUAUCAGACUAUCUGGAAUGAGACCAAACGGAUAGUAGGCGAAGUGCACGUAGACCAAGUGGCAAUUUAUCAAACAUAAACACACUGUUUUGAUAAGGUCAAGCCAGUUACCACGCAUUGGUCAAAAGAGCAGACUUGAUCAAAAUGCUAACUAGGUUUGUCUCCGGAACCGAUUGCCUCAAUCAAACCGAAUCGGGGUAUUUCGGGCAUGGUCGACAGCUCGACAAGGAAUCAGAGUCAAUCGGCCUUCGUCGGUCUACCUUGAUCGGCGUUCCUUUUGUCACCUAGUGUCA